AUGGGGGAGAUCUUGCAGUUGGCCUACCUGCAGAUCCUUGAGGUCAUCCAUCUCGAUCGCGUUCGAGCUGAGUGGGGGCUUGGUGGAUCAGUCACUCCUGGACCUAUGGGAGGGGCUCCUGGUGGACCGGGAGCGGUGGCGGGAGCGGAGGCUCCUGGGAUUGCGGCAGGCGGUAGCUGCUCACGCUCCAUGCAGGCGAUGAUCCUCCAGGGCAUUCCAGAAAACCUUGUGCGCGCCACCAGCUUGAGGACGGUGAAGCUGGAGGACAUUCCGUGGGGCAAGUGCAUGAUGGACCACAAGGCCGAGGAGGGCUGCCUGAGCCAUUACAACUCAUUCCAUGGCCAAGAGCUACAAGAAGAGGCAGAGGGGAACAACGCGAGGAGCCACAAGGUGAACCUUCUGGAGAACGUGGUGAGCACAGAGUCGUCGGAGGUGGAGAUCCUACAGGGGAACUUGGAACGAAUCUGUCAAAGACUAAAUGCCUGUGGCGCCAGCGUUGUGUCCAUCAUCGCGGUCAUGGGCACGUACCGGACGGGCAAGAGUUUCCUCUUAGACCUGCUCGCCCGUUACCUGAAGAUGAAGGCCGCUGAAGCCGCGCAGGCGGAAGCCGCGGAGCUGGCGCGACGAGAGGCUUUAGAGCUUGGGCUGCAGGCACCACCACCUGCACCGCCGAGACGAUCGUCCCCGGAGCGUUGGUGCCUGGGCGAGGAGGAUCGCAAGAAGCGCCAGCCUCCAGACUGGGUUCUCCAAGGCGACCGAGAGAGAAUCCACGAGGGCUCCAAGAUGGAUGAGUCCUGCACCGGCUUCGCAUGGCGUCCCGGGAAGGAUAAGUGUACACAAGGCAUUUGGCUCUGGAGCACCCCCUUCGUGUUCCCAGACAAGGACGGCCGAAAGGUUGCCGUCCUGCUGAUGGACACGCAAGGUGCCUGGGAUGAUACCAUGACCAAAGCACAGAGCGCCACGAUCUUCGGCUUGACGGCCUUGCUCUCCUCGAAGUUGAUUUACAACAUCCAGAACCGAGUAGAGGAGGACAAGUUGGAGAACAUGGAUUACAUCACCACCUUCGCGCAAACCGUGUGUAGCGACCUCCCAGGGAAGGAUGCGCCGUUCGGGCAUCUGGAGCUGUUGGUGCGCGACUGGGUGAACUACGAGGAUGGUUUCAGCCUGGCGCAAUGCAAGGAACAGAUGCAAGAACACUUGGACGACCACCUCAGUGAGAAGAAAGUCCCAGAGGUGCCGGGUUGA